AUGUUCCUUCUCCUCGCAGGGCUUCUAAGCCAAGCGGCAGCGGGUGCGAUACAUCUUCCGCGCCAACAGCCCGUAGCUGAUGUUGAGGUUGAACUGAAGUGGCUUGGAGGCACGUCUCCCCAGUACAAUCUGGGCACGACGUUUGGCCUACCAUGGCCCAAAGGUCAAUAUUCCUCCAACGACACCCACUUCACCAUAUCCAAUGGAGAGCAACAGGCUUCCUUACAGUCUUGGGUGACUGCAUACUGGCCAGACAACUCGAUCAAAUGGACGGGUCAUGCCUUGCCUGCGACGGACUCGGCGGCUACCGCCUACACAGUGUCACCAGUUACUGGCGAUGCUCCGGUGCCCCAAGGCAGCAAGCUCUCAGUAGUAGAAUCCGAGGAUUUUAUUGAGGUCAACACGGGAAAGAUUAUUGUCAAGUUCGCGAAGAAUGGUCACGACCUUAUCUCUUCAAUUCAGAUGGUAGAGGGCCAGGCGACUGUCGUCGAAUACCUUGACUUCGAGGGCGAUAUUGAGUCGGUUGCCGUCUCGGAAGACAACAUUUCCCGCGUCCUCGUAACCGUCCGCGGAAGUCAUAAGCUAGUGGGGUCUGGUGAGCAUGAGGCAUGGCUCCCGUUCGUCGUUCGCUUCUACCUUUACGCCGAAUCCGAGGCGAUCAAGGUUAUGCAUAGUAUCACUUUUGAUGGAAACCCGCAAACCGACUUUGUCACUGGAAUCGGAUUGCGAUUUGACGUGCCCCUCAAGGGUGAAGAGCUGUACAACCGACACAUCAGACUUGCUGGGGUAGACGGCGGCAUAUUCAAUGAGGCUAUCCAAGGAAUCACAGGCCUCCGCCGUGACCCAGGGCAGGAGGUUCGCACAAAGCAAUAUGAAGGCGAGGCCACACCACCAGUUAGCUCGUGGGACACCCGCGUGAGCACUAGGUUGAAAUGGAUACCUGCGUGGAGUGACUACCGACUAAGCCAGCUCUCCCCAGAUGGUUUCACACUUCAAAAGCGGACGAAGGCUGGCCAAAGCUGGGUCAAGAUUCCAGCCGGAACCCGGGCUGGUGGGUUGGCUUACCUGGGUGGCGCCACGCAAGGCGGCCUUGGUAUGGGCAUGAAGGACUUUUGGAAGAGAUAUCCAACUGGCCUCGACGUCAACGAUGCUGCCACCGACACUGGGGUGAUGACAUUGUGGUUGUACAGCCCCGAGGCGCCACCGAUGGAUCUGCGGCCGUAUCACGAUGGUCUUGUCUUAACUCCCGACCCCUCUCGGGUCCUCAGUACCCAAGCCCUUGGUACUUAUUGGGAUGCACCAAACAAUACCACCCAAGGCUCUGCAACCAUUGAAAAGAACCUAGACUUCCUUGCCAAAUUUUACCAGGAUCAAGUGGAGCAAAGAAGGUGGUACGGCUUCUGGGACCAUGGCGACUUCAUGCAUACAUACGACUCAGACAGGCACACCUGGCGCUAUGAUGUUGGUGGCUAUGCAUGGGACAACUCUGAGCUCUCCCCUGACAUCUUCUUCUGGCUAUAUUUCCUCCGAACUGGCCGCGAAGAUGUAUACCGCUUUGCAGAAGCAUUGACACGCCACACUGGGGAAGUCGACGUGUAUCAUAUCGGCGAGUGGAAGGGUUUGGGGACCCGGCACGGAGUGCAGCACUGGGCGGACAGCGCCAAGCAGGGCCGCAUUUCAACGCCGCAAUAUCGCAAGAUAUUCUACUAUCUGUCCGGCGGAGAUGAGAGGAUCGGCGAGCUGAUGAGCGAGAUUCUGGACAUGGACCAAACUUUCUGGACCCUUGACGCACGUAGAAAAGUGCGAGUGGACGGAUUUCUGCCUGCACCCGGCGAGCCCGCAGACAUCGGAUUAGGCACAGACUGGUCAGCCUUGGCAGCAGCUUGGUUGAUCGAGAUCGAGCGACACGGCCCUCGCAUGGAGGAGGCUGACAUGAAGCUUAUCAAUACGAUGGCGGGCAUCGGGAAAUUGAAGAACGGGUUCGUCACCGGAUCCGGCUUAUACAACCCCGACGAUGGGACGCUGGCACCGCCACCUUCAGAUCCAGGAAAUAACGGUGUCGUGUCAGUCUCUCACUUAUCUGCCAUGUUCGGCUUGGUAGAGGUGACUGCAGAGCUGAUCGACCACUACGGGGAUCUCCUGCCAGAAGGAUUUGAGGAUGCCUGGCUAGAUUACUGCUAUUACUACGGGGCUAGCUCCCAGGAACAGGCAAGCCGUUACGGUACGGCGUUCACCGGCCUCAAUCUCUAUCAGGGGCACUCUCGCUUGACGGCCUAUGCCGCAAAGAGGAGGGGUGAUGCAGCACUGGCAAAGAGAGCCUGGGAUGCGUUCUAUAAUACGGAUGGGAUGACGGAGUCGGCUCGGUGGAAGGCGACGGUGUAUGUUGGCGGGCUAGCGCCUGUUGCAACAUCAACACACGUCUACGAUGCCUUCAUCCCUUUCGGCGAGAUUGUCGACGUCCAGGUGCCAAAGAAUGAUAAGCCGGAUGCUGCUGAUCCUCACCGAGGGUUCGCCUACGUAGAAUUUGAGGACCCAGAUGACGCCAAAGAGGCCAUUGACAACAUGGACCAGGCCGAUCGCAAGGCUAUCUGGGAACAGGAGAGUUGGCUGGCCGAGCAUGCAAUUGGGGAAGACGGUGUGGCGGCUGCAGAUGAGAAUAACGGCGAUGAUCCCAUGCAAGGCUUAGAAGGACUUGAUGUUGCAGGUCCCAAGCCUGAAUAA